CUCUUGCACUUCAAGUGAAAGCUCAAAUGUAAUUAGUACAAAGCCUAUUCCGCCGGCUCCGACGACGCGUCCUGCAUGUGACCCCAUUCCUUUACCCAUACUUCCUGGUUCUUCGACGGAUUCCCCCAAUGCCAAUGUUGGGGGUACCAGUGGGACAUUGCACAGUUCUACUCUUACUUCAACUCUGGCACCUGGACCUCCGACUUCUGGAGGUAAUCGUAAUCAAAGGUCUACGUCUAUUGGGUUAUCAUUCGAAGAAGAUGGAACGGCAACUACAAUAAUCAUAACCUUACAUGGUGAAACACCAUCGGAUAUAAAUGACAUAAGUGGCAGCAAUCCGCUAGCGCAAGAUUCUGAGCCAUCAAGAGCCUUGGUAGCAACGACCGUAAACGGAAAUGUUUGUUCAUCGCCAGAAGAGGAAACUUCAACCAAAGGAGAG